CAUGAAAUUACAAAUUCUGGAGAAAAGGAAAAAGGGUCAACAUUUUCUCCGACAAAAUCUCCCUCGUAAUUUCUGUCGAAGUAUCGAGCAGCAGCGCAGCAGAUCUUCCAUGAAAGGGAACUGAAAAUACCUAAAAGACAACUCCUUUGCACACCCUUUACUCCCAACUCACACCCCAUAAGAAUAGAAACUCCGACAGGGAGGGGGCGGGGCAGAGACAGACAGGAUGUUCGAAUUGAGGGACGGGUGUUGCUUUCCCCGAGUGCUGAUGGGCGUGAAUGUGGGUCUUGCUUGUUUGGACUUUGUCAUUGCUGUUUGCGCAUUUUACCAGUUGUUAAGGAUACAGUCACGGAGUCCGCAAGUUGGCUGGAACCGCCAGAAAGUCUUUCAUCUAAUGAUUGGCUCUUCUAGUAUAGGUUACUUUAUUUACUUUGUAUCGACUCUGGUUGCUACUUGCAAGGGAUGGCUGUGCUGGUCGCACUCUUGUGGCUUUGUUCUCAUGGCCUUCCCCAAAAUAUUGCUCUUUGCGGCAUUUCUUCUACUACUAUCAUUCUGGGUCGACCUGUGCCACCAAGCAAAAGAUGACUAUGAGGAUGAAGAUGGAAGUUUCUACGAGUCAUUGUUGGACAGGACUAUGAGCAAUCCAAGUAACUCAAGGGGGGAUACGCUUUGGAGGUGUUUACCUUUACAAUUAUCCCAUGUGGGACGCCGCCAAAAAAUUGUCAUUUUGGUCACUGUGCUGGUAAGCAUACUGAUGAUUACUGCUGCUCUGCUUAUCUGGAUUGGUAUAGGGAAAAACCCCAUCGACUCGGAACUGGUGGCUCGAGUAUAUGUAGCUCUUUCUGCGAUAGCAAUGCUAUUCCUGGGAGGAGCAUUAGCAUGCUAUGGACUCCUUUUAUGCUCGAAGAUGAGAAAAAUUAGAUCUGAAAGGGUUGCAUCUGAGAUGUGGAAGGUUGGUGGUUUGGCAGUUGUCUCUGUUCUGUGUUUUACAACCAGUUCUUUGAUUGGUCUUUUGACUGAUAUUCCGCUGCUAUAUCACUGGCAUCCCCAAUUUGUGAAUGGUCUUUAUGUUUCUAUCUUGGUUAUUCUGUACUAUUUCAUAGGAUCAUCGGUGCCCUCUGCCUUCGUGCUAUGGGUAAUGAGAGACCUGCCACCAGGGCAAGUGGCUCACAAGCCAGAGGAGUCGGGGAGAAUAGCUUUCAUGAGAGAGAGUAUAGAGUCGGUAAAUGUCAACCAGCCUCAAUGCUGGACUGCUACUGUUGCAACUUCCACACGACCUGGGAAUCAGCAGAUUACAAGACAAAGCCCCAUCUAGCUCUUCAUAAGCAAAUGUGAAUGAUCCUGUAAAUCCCGGGAGUAGGCAGAAAACUUUCAUGCGGGGAGUGGUAGCAUACUGACAAAGCGGUAACUGCUUUCAACUGACAACAUGACUUAGCCAUGGCUGUGGAAAACCCAUACUACUCAGGCAUGUACAUAGAACGAGAGGAAGCUGUUAUUUUGUUUGGCCCCUCUUUUUACCGUAUUUGUUUUGGCCCGCUUUUGAAUUGCCUUAAUCUAAUGUUCGGUCCGAGGCAGGCUUUGGAGCAGAGUGUCGUGAUAGAAAGUGCAGGAUGCUUUUCUC